GCAACUUGUGUCAUAGCAACUGUCAAAAGCCUCUCACGUCGUCUUUUUCUUACGGUUGUGUCGCGAAGUCCAAUGUGGGUGUGCAGGUGCUUGAGGCCUAAAUUCCUAUUGAAGUUGCUGUUCUGCUGAAUUCAUAUAGAAACAGAGCUGGCUGUGGAUCGUCUCUUCGGUCCUGUGACAUGAGCAAUUUUAUACGACUUGCCACAAUAACUUUACCAUUUGGACUCCUAUUUACAAGAGCUAUGGCUUGGACUUCUAGUGGGAAAACACACAUUGAUCUCAUCAACAAUCUUAAAAAAAAUGGAGUGAUCCAGUCUCAGCGUGUGUAUGAUGUUCUUAUGGCUACUGAUCGAGCACAUUAUAUCCAGAAUUUCCCAUAUAUGGAUUCGCCCCAGAGUAUAGGGUAUAAGGCUACAAUUAGUGCACCACACAUGCAUGCACACGCCCUGGAGUUGUUAGAAGAUAAGCUGGUGGUUGGGGCCAGAGCACUGGAUGUUGGCUCUGGGAGUGGAUACCUCACUGCCUGUUUUGCCAGAAUGGUAGGCCUCACUGGAAAGGUUAUUGGCAUAGAGCAUAUCGAUCAACUUGUCCAUGAAGCUACACAGAACGUCCUGCGAGAUGAUCCAACAUUACUAAGAUCUAGACUAAUUAAAUUUGUCGUGGGUGAUGGCAGAUUUGGCUAUAGUGAAGAAGGCCCAUAUGAUGCGAUUCAUGUUGGUGCAGCAGCAGCAACAGUGCCACAGGAGCUGCUGAAUCAGCUAAAGCCAGGGGGCAGGCUGAUUUUACCUGUGGGACCAGAAGGAGGAAGCCAGGUUAUGGAGCAAUAUGACAAAGACAGCGAUGGGAAUUUCACCAAAGUUCGCUUAAUGGGUGUGAUGUAUGUUCCUCUGACGGACAAAAAAAGGCAAUGGCCAAAGGAUGAUCUGUGAAGCUUGUUGCUCUCUUAUCUGGUUUCCAGGAUGAUACUGAAAUAUAUCCCAAGAGCAAUCUCGUCGCCAUACACAGACUCUGCAGGGUCAGAGAUGGGGCUGGGCUGUACAUGACCCAUAUUUAUAAAUUGGUUAAUAAAAGGGCUACAGCCCAGGGUGCUUAGUUACUUGAGAAUGUUGAAACCCAUAGAUUUGUUUAAAUCAGAGAAUUGAUUUGAACUAGAAAUUAAAUGUUCCAUUAUUGCAAUGAAAUGAUCUAGACUGACCUUGGUCAUGUAGAUGAAUCUAAAUAAGCAACAUUAAAGAGUGCAGACUGAGUGACA